AGGGAGCGGAAUUAGUCAGUGAUAGAGGGGAGGAGAGGAGGCGAGGCGGCGGGCUGUUCUGCCGAGGUGGACGUGGCGGGUCCGGCAGAGUUAGCUACAAGUGACCGAGGCGAGGAGCCAUGAACCGGACCACCCGCAGGCUGGUCCCCGUCAGGUGUUGGUGGUGACAUCAGCAGGACGUCGCCGCGACCGGUUGUUGGUUUCCCAGAGGAGACGCUCUCAGGGACACGCACCCUACCUCCAGGCUCCUCCCCCCUCAGGACAGGUAGAUUGGACAUCGGAGGGAGGGAGGACGGGCAGCAGCAAAAGGGACGCUAAGGGCCUCAGCGAUACUUGAAGUGUUGAACCAGUGCCAGGUGAGGAGGUUUAGCUCCGCCCCUCACCAUGACGGACUUAGAGGCUGAGUGUUUGGGCCUCGGCUUGCCCCCCGAGUGCGGCUCCCCUCCGCCUUCUCUGGACGCCGCUCUGCAGGUGGACUGCGGCACGGGGCCCGACUGCCCCACGCCCACGCUGGGCUCACUGGCGGCAGAGAUUGCCGAGCCGCUGGUGAUGCUGCCGUGUGUGAAGAGCGAGCCGGAAGACGGAGACCUGGAGCCCAUCAGGACCGUGGACCUGUCGGAGAUCCAGCCGCUGUCCACCGCCGAGCUGGGCCAGGACCAGAUCAAGAUGGAGAUCAGCGGCCUCGACUACAUCAAGUCCGAGCACCACGGUCACCAUGGCGACCACCACCUGUGCCAUUUCCAGCACGGCGACGUCACUGAGCUGGACUACAAGUCGCACUACGAGCCCAGCUCCGUGUUCGACUACAUCUCCCAGGUGACGGACACUCUGGAGUACAUCAAGUCAGACCACCACGUGGAUCUGCAGUGUUACUACACCGAGCUGAGCUCCCUGAAGUGCGAGUACCCAGAGUCCAACACCAUGUCCAGCCACCUGCAGCACAACGGCCUGGAGUCCAUCCACAUGGCCGAGCUGCGCACCGAGCUCAACAAGCUGCGGCCCGACGCCCUGCUCAUGGACGGCAUGGGCAAACUGGACCCUGAGUUCGGAGGGGGGGCGCUGUACGAGCUGCAGCCGGCCGAGCAGGGGAAGACGGCGGAGGUGGCGGCGGCCGGGCAGGGUGGAGGAGGAGCAAGUCUGGUCACGACCAAAACCCAGAGCCCGACGGUGAGGAAACCUCGCAACAUGCAGGGGGAGAAGCCUUUCUCCUGCACGCAGUGCGGCAAGAACUUCAGCACGCUGGGAAACCUGAAGACGCACCAGCGCAUCCACACCGGCGAGCGGCCCUACACCUGCUCGCAGUGCGGCAAGAGCUUCGGCCAGGCGGGCAACCUCAAGCGUCACCAGCUGAUCCACACAGGCCAGAAGCCGUACGUGUGCGCUCACUGCCCCAAAGGCUUCACCAAGGCCGACGACCUGCGCUCGCACCAGCGGCUGCACACCGGCGAGCGCCCGUUCAUCUGCGUCACCUGCGGCAAGAGCUUCGGCCAGUCGAAGGAGCUGAAGGCGCAUCAGCUGAGCCACACGGGCGAGAGGCCGUACUGCUGCCAGCACUGCGGCAAGAGCUUCACCAAGGAGACCAGCUACCGCAACCACGUGCAGAUCCACACGGGCGAGAAGCCCUUCACCUGCUCGCAGUGCGGCAAGACUUUCAGCAACUCGGGCGUGCUAAAAACCCACGAGAAGAUCCACUCGGGCGAGCGACCGUUCGGCUGCACGCAGUGCGGGAAGAGCUUCGGCCGCCUCGGCCACCUGAAGGCUCACCAGCAGAUCCACACGGGGGAGCGUCCGUACGCCUGCCCGCACUGCGGGAAGACUUUCAGCCAGUCGGGUCACCUCAAAGCACACGAGCAGAUCCACAAACGGGAGCGCGUGGACACGGCGAGCAGCAGCAGCAGCAGCAGCAGCAGCAGCAGCACGGUGGGCAGCGACAGUAGCUAAAAGAACCUCCACACCCUUUAACCUCUCGGAAAAACAAAGUAUUAUUCCUCUUUUUUAUAAAUACUAUAUAUAAAUUUUUUUCCUUAUGAAUUUUCUUACAUUUUCAUACCUUUUGUGCUCUUUUGCAUUUUAUCUGUGGGCAGGGCGACUCUGACUCAUUUGCUCUUAUGCAAGUGUCCGUGUGUGUGUGUGUGUGUGUGUGUGUGGUGUGUGUGUGUGUGUGUGUGUGUGUGUGUGUGUGUGUGUGUGUGUGUGUGUGUCUGUCUCUGUCUGUCUCUUUGGACAGUGUGACAGCGAGGGCUUGUAGAUAAUCUUUGAACCGCCGUGAGGACCAAGUCCCAGGACUUAUUGUGGAGUACUUACUGAAACACAAGCACAAAUCCUUCAGUGACCAAGUUUGAGUACUUCGUUUAGUUUUUUCUUACUGAACCAGACCAGCAGCUACUGGACCAGGACCCCGUUCACCCACCAGUAUCACCAGUUCACAGGCUAAAGCACAUACUGCUAAAACAGUACUUCAGAUUAAGUACUGCAGAGCGAGUACUUCAGAGCCAAUAUGUCAAAGGGAGUACUUCAAAGAAAAUACUUCCCACUGAGUACAUCAAAGUGAGUACUGCAGAGCUAGUACUUCAGAGCGAGUACGUCAAAGUGAGUACUUAAGAGCAAAUACUGCAGAGCAAGUACUUCAAAGAAAGCACUGUAGAAAGAGUACUGCAGAGCGAGUACUUAAAAGUGAGUGCUUAAGAGCAAGUACUUCAGAGGGAGUACAGAAUAACAGGACUGUUGUGUACCUGAAGUCGUUCAGUAAUCAGUUGAAGUUAACGUUUUCUGUCUGGGUAAAACUCUGACGUGUUUUCAUGAUUUCGGGCUCGUCGGUUUCCGUCGGUCGCAGCUCUGAUCUUCAGGCUGUUUCCGGCUCCAACACGUGACUCAUCGUCUUCAGACUGAUGUGAAAACUGUUUAUCAAAUCAAUCUGAAUACAAAUACCCUUUUUUCCCAAAAGUUUGACCCAGAUAUCAUCCGAGACGUUUCACGAUAUCAGAAUGAACUCGUCACUUCCCGACGUCUGUUUAUCAGCUGAUAUCACAGUUUAUUGAUCCAAAUCUGACAGAAAUACACCUCGAGCUGUGAACAAGAACUUCUGCACUUUAACAGUUUUAGUUCGACGGCACCACGAGCCGACGACAAAUAAUCAAAAUAAAUUCAAAAACAGAAAGAAUAGGCCGUCUUAUAGAGGUGUGUGAGAGGGGAUAACUUGAAUAUCAUUUUUAAAUGCUUCACAAACAUCUGCAUUUGUGUAAAUAACAUUUUCAAACAUAAUCAAAUGGUUUUAAAAAAUAUUCAGAACAUCAGUAUUUGUGGUCACGUUCUCAAACAUUAAUCAAUCUUUAAAGUACACUUUAAAAAACAAAUAUUACUGAGAGCAACACAAGCGAUGAUUAAUACAGUUUUAUCAUCUGGGGUUCAGAAACACCGCUGAUUGUCCAGGGAACAGUUUCUCCAAAAUAAAUCCAUAAUUUUCAUUUUUUAAAUCCUGUAAUGAUUAGAGCUCCUAAAAUGCGUCGCCUGUCUCUGUGCUCAGGACGAACCACCUCCGCCUCAUUUUAAUCAAGAAAAACCCUCAAACUGUGAUGAUCGUAUCAUUUUAUUUUACAAAAUUAAUAUUUUCAAAACUACCUUCCAUUAUUUUCUAUUUUUCUAAUUUUUUUGUAAAAUAUCUAACAAUUAAAUAUUACUCCUCCAUAUAUUUAGUCUUUUAAGGGACGGUUCACCCCAAAAUCAAAUCGUAUAUUAUCAUAAAUUUCCUCUCUCCUGCUCUUCUUCAGAAUAGAUCCAUUUCUAUAAAAAGCGGCAGCCCAAAACUGUCCACACCGAGGAGCGGCACCACAGGGACCAAAAAGCUGCUUUAAAACUUGGAAAAAUACAAAAUCCCUUGUAUUAUUUUACUGUUUAUUUAUUACCUCGAGUAGACAAAUUUAAAGUGACUGAGUCUUUAAAAAAACACAUUCAGCCUUAAAAAACGUUCCUGUGAUCUUUGUGUUCAUGACUGAAAACAUCAGUUCAUUUGUUUUUGCCAAAAGAGAUUCACGGACGCAAUCCAGAGUAACGCUUGUUUACUUUGACACAACAAAUCAAGAGAAGCACAGCCGCCUCCGGCUCACCGCAGUCCAAUCAAUUAUUGAUCUGUGUGUUUAGUUUUAUUUUCCAAUUUUAGACGUCAUCACUUGUUUUGCGUCAUGUGACAGAAACACCAGCGCUCAUAAUAAAAGGUCUGAUUUGAAGGUACCGUUCGUCAGACUACCUAAAGAUUAUUUCUGAUACUUUUGGUAAACGGGGUUCUGGUUCGGAGUCCUCAGUACGUGUUGACAGCAGUAAAAGUACUUACAGUACAUUUCAAUCUUUUGCCAACCGUGUGCGAGUACUCACUUUUCGAGUACUCGCUGCCAGUUUACUAGUAUUUUACUUACAGGUGUGGGUACUUGCAGGUACACAGUACACUCUGUUACUGUAUCAUUUUGAUAUUUUUUUAUUGGACCAGUAUUGAUUGAUCAGGACGUGCCGCAGUGACGGCGAUGAUCUGCUGAUUUUAACAUUCCUUUGGGUUUUUGUAGCAGAAUGAAAAUGGUUCCAGUUUAAACUCAGUUUUCAGUAUCGUUGGGAUCCAAACGGACCAAAAACAUCAGCACAAAGGAACCCAGCACCCCCCCCCAGUCCAGAUCGCUCACUGUGUACAAAUCUUUAUUGAUUAUGUCAUUCCUAAUAAAAUUUAUUAAAACUCAAAAAAAAAAAAAAAAAAAGGCGAAAAAAGAGAAAGUGAUGCAGCAUCUUGUACUGGAAAAAGAAUUAUUAAAGAAACUAAUGACA